AUGGCGGCGCACACAGAUCACGUUAGUCUCCGUGAAAGGGUGCCGGCUGAUAUCAAACCGGUGUACCUGAGUUAUCAGUCCCCACUCAGCUCUCGGUAUGCCUCCAGAGAAAUGUGUUUCAAUUUCAGCGAGUUUCGUAAGAUUUCCACGUGGAGGCUGUUGUGGGUUUACCUCGCCAAGGCCGAGCAGCAACUCGGCCUGUCCAUCACCGACGAGCAAAUCCAGGAAAUGGAGGCUGCAGUCUGCAAGAUCGAUUUCAGUCGUGCCGAGGCCGAAGAGAAGGAGAUCCGGCACGACGUGAUGGCCCACAUCCGAGCCAUGGCAGCCGUCUGCCCCAGAGCAGCUCCUAUCAUCCAUCUGGGUGCCACUUCGUGCUAUGUGGGCGACAAUGCAGAUUUGAUCAUCCUGCGAGAUGGAUUCAACAUCCUCCUUCCUAAAGUAGCCAGAUGCAUGCAUCGCCUCAUGAAUUUUGCUGAGAAGUAUAAAGAGAUGCCUACUCUUGGUUUCACACACUUGCAGCCAGCUCAGCCAACAACUGUGGGUAAGAGAGCCUGCCUUUGGCUCUACGAGUUGCUCAUGGACGUGCAGGCUCUCACACAUGCCAGGGACAACCUGUGCUUCAGGGGUGCCAAGGGAACAACUGGAACGCAAGCGAGCUUCCUCCAGCUUUUUGAAGGUGACCACGAGAAGGUGAAAAGGCUGGAUGAGCUGGUGACCGAGAUGGCUGGCUUCGAGAAAUCCUACCCCGUGUGUGGGCAGACUUAUCCUCGAAAAGUAGAUGUGGAAUGCCUCUCUGCCCUGGCCAGCAUGGGAGCAUCGAUGCAUAAGAUCUGUUGCGACAUCCGUCUGCUGGCCAGCCGCAAGGAGUUGGAGGAACCGUUCGAGACCGCUCAAAUUGGGUCGAGUGCAAUGCCUUACAAGCGAAAUCCAAUGCGGAGCGAGCGCUGCUGUGCCAUCGCACGUCACCUCAUGACCUUGCAUUCCGGUGCCUUGCAAACUUCUGCUUGUCAGUGGAUGGAACGGACCUUGGACGACAGCGCCAAUCGGAGGAUUACCAUAGCAGAAGCAUUCUUAUCUGCUGACGCAUGUCUUCAGAUCCUGCAAAACAUCUUUGAAGGGCUGGUGGUCUAUCCAAAUGUGAUCCAGAAACAUCUAUCUGAGGAGCUUCCUUUCAUGGCAACUGAGAGCAUCAUCAUGGCCAUGGUCAAGGCGGGUGGAAAUCGACAGGAGUGUCAUGAGAAGAUCCGUCAACUGUCCCAAGAGGCAGGGAACCGGGUGAAGCAAGAAGGACUGGAGAACAAUCUCAUAUUACAGAUUCAAAGCGACUCAUAUUUUGCACCUGUAUGGGAGCAACUCGAUGAGCUCACGGAUCCAAAGGCAUACAUUGGUCGUGCCAAAGAGCAGGUUGAGGAAUUCCUCGUCGAGCAUGUCAUACCGGCACUCAAGGAAUACACUGAGAAAGGGCUUCUUCAGCACAAAGCAAUACUGAGUCUCUAGUCAGCAGUGUGCAUCUUGUGAUAGUUAAUUCCUGCCUGUCAUAAAGUAUGCAUUUCUUUAUAGUUGAACAUAAUGUGCAAUAUUGAUACAUGUUAUUGGAAGCUUUAUUAUGAAUUCAGAUUAUGCAUGGGUCAAUCUCAGCUGGAUGAUGGCAGUUUCUCAUUUCUUUCUGGUCCUUAUCUGCCUUAAAUCUCAAGUGCUGACUUCAUCUGAGCCCUUGUUGUAUUGAUGUCAGCACAUAGUUCAAGGCAGGAAUUUUCUCAUGGUCAACCAAGCACAAAACAAUGCUAAUGUAUGAAAUGUGCAGUUUUACUGUUUGAAUCUGAUUUAACCAAAGAGAAGGGAGAGACAGUCACUUUGAAAUUAUGUCUUCUUGGCUAUCCUAGUACUUUUUUACUUAGACUCAAUGGAGAGUUUUCAUGCAACAAUCUGUGAAUCUCUGUCAGUUAUGGAUUUGGCUUGUGUGAUCAAGUGAUCAGAGUGAGUGUAUUGGGACUUUUUAUGCAUUUCUGUGGUAUGAUCUGUGAUGAGUAUGCAUAAAAUGAAGUAAAACCAUUGCUGAAAGAUGGAAUUUUGGAAACCCAGCCAUGCACAAAUUGUGGACAGAAGCAACAAGUGCAAGUGCAAAAAUUAUUUCUGAUUUUGCUUCCAUGUGUUAUCCAGUUUGAGGC